AUGGCAUCCUGGAUCCAACGCCAGAGUGGAUCUCAUCAGACACAGCUUGCGGCUACAGCAGUGAUUUCGGGAGCUGCGGUCGCUGGUGCGAUACUUGGCUACCAGGCUUUCAAAAGAAAGGAUGCGGUGCAGCGCCUCAAGGCAUCCAUCCCAGAUGUCAAUGACCAACACCAUGUUGAAAAGCUCACAGAAUACGGUGUCGCGGCUGCAGCGCAGCUGAGCAAGGAAGAUGAACGCAGUGCGCUCCUCGCUCGGAGAGCGCAGGAAGGAGACUACGAUGAUGAACUCAUACUCGAACAACUUGCUCGAAACCGUGUUUUCCUGUCCGAUGAAGGCCUCGCGAAGCUCCGCUCGUCAUACAUAAUCGUUGUCGGAUGUGGAGGAGUCGGGUCGCAUGCUGUGGCAUCCCUUGCCCGCUCGGGUGUUUCCAAAAUCCGCCUGAUCGAUUUUGAUCAGGUCACGCUUUCCUCCUUAAACCGACAUGCUCUCGCGACGCUGGCCGACGUCGGAACGCCGAAGGUGCAUUGUAUCCGCAAAAGACUGGAGCAGAUCACACCGUGGGUGAAGUUUGACUGCCGGAACGAACUAUUCGGGGGAUCAGUCGCCGACAGACUUCUUGCGCCUUGGAGUUGGGACGACAACGACAAAGGACACAAGCCUGACUAUGUACUUGACUGCAUUGAUAACAUUACGUCCAAGGUGGAGCUGCUUCAUUACUGCCACUCGCACUCCAUUCCCGUGAUUUCGGCAAUGGGAGCAGGAUGCAAGUCAGACCCUACCCGUGUUACGGUUGGUGAUAUCUCACUUAGUACGGAUGAUCCGCUGUCGCGGAGCACUCGUCGACGCCUCAAGUUGUUAGGCGUCAAUACCGGUAUCCCUGUUGUUUUCUCCACUGAAAAGCCCGGUCCUGGUAAAGCCACUCUGCUUCCACUCAACGAGGCAGAAUUCAGCAAAGGAGAAGUUGGUGAACUGAGUGUAUUGCCCGAUUUUCGGGCGCGGAUCCUCCCUGUGCUGGGAACAAUGCCUGCAGUGUUUGGCUACACUGUGGCGAACCACGUCAUUUGCGACAUUUCCGGCUAUCCGAUGGACUACAGCGUGGGUGGAAAGGGUCGUGAUAAGUUGUACGAUGGUGUCUUGGCAGCCUUGCAGGGAACGCUCGAGCGCUUGGCCCGGGCGGAGCAUGGCCCUAGCCUUGUCGGGCUUCGCCUUCCCAUCAGCAAGGAUGACGUCGGAUAUCUGGUCGAUGAGAUCUUCCGCGGCAAGAGCGUGGUCAGUGGCCUCCCCAGUCGAGUCAGUCUUGUUCCCUGGGAGCGGCCUGAGAGAGGAUUCGGACCUGAUCCGGAGUGGAUGAAGCAGGGGCAGACAUUUGUGCCGCUUGAGUUGAAGGAUUUAGUGUGUAUGACUAAGGAUGAAGCUGUACGGCAUGAAAAGGAAGUGCUUCUGGGUGGUAAACGGCUGGAGGACGUAUACGAUUCCAAGACGAUUGAAAUGGUGCAGAAGCGCCAACGGGAGAUGGAGUUUCACGAGCAAUAUCGCUAAUGACGCGGAGACAUUGACGAGUAGCGCUUCUUCAGGGACCAAGAUACAGAUGGCACUAGCACCUGGCACCAAGAGUUAUAGCUACAAGUUGAAAACCUCGAGCCCUGCUUGGCUUUUGACAGUCUGACAGGCGGGUCUCAGGUGAUGACCCACGAGUGUGACAGGGUCGAGGGAAGCCGGCUCCUGACAUUUUCUUGGUCGCAUUGCAGGCGUUAAACCCAGCUACAGAUUUUGGUGAAAGCCUCAUCUCGCCCAAUGAGUGUUUGGUCUUUGAAGAUAGCAUAAUUGGAGUAGAGACUACAAGAUGGGCUGGGAUGUGAGUAAUUUGGUACCAUAUCCAGACAUGGCAGUCAAGUUCGAGCAAGGCAGGAGGAUGUUCUGGCUGGGAGGACAAGAUGGUUUGAUAUUGGAUAUAAGUGGCAGCUAGAAGAUGUUGAUAACAGCUAGACUGAAUAUAAGCAAAGCC